AUGAGUAUCAUGGCUACCGUACAACCUGUGAUCAACUGGAAUCACUUUGCGGCCUACUUGGUACGAGCCGCCCAAACACCAAUAUGUUGUGUCGGAAAGAAACUUGAACACCUGCGGGACGAUUUGUAUAUGAUUCCACGAGAGAGGAAAGAUUGCGCUACACUACUCAGAGACGAACGAAGUAGUCGGCAAAAACACAACAACAUCACGAGGAAGAGGAGACUCGACUUAAUGCGGGAGCUUGUACGAACAUACGACGCUCGAAGUUAUAAUGAACUGUACAAAAGGCUGUCCGUCCAGGACACUGAUGAUAUUUACGCGGAAUAUGGUCCUACGUGGAAAGAAACGGCCGAACACAGUAUAGCCAACUACUGUAAGGAAAUUAUACUCGAGCAGGAAACCAUGACGUUCGAGCAAAUCCUCAACAGUAAUCAUCACAGUCGAACCUGCCAACACCCUGCAGAUACAACCCUCGGUGAACAGUGGCUAGACCUGCUGGUCCGG